AUGGAGAUAUAUGAGAAAAGAAAGGAGCACGAUCAACUAGACGAGCAACACAGGACAAAAUUAUUAGCCUUGCCAAGAAUCAUUCAAUUAGUUGAAACCCGAGAUUCCGAGGUUAGUUUAAAAAUAAAUUACGAGAACCGUUCAAAAUUUCCGCCAAAUGCCAAUGACGCAGAGCGAUGGAGUUAUCUCACCUUGAAUUAUGCUAAGUUCGGUCAGUUGGAGAGGUGCGUGGAAUUCAUAAAAGAUGCCAUUCGAGAGGGAGACAACGUUGGUAGCGAUGAAUUCAAGGACGACGAUAAACUCAUGAAUGUUUUGUCUCUUUCAGAAAUAUUUAUUCUGAAUUCGGCCAAUAAAAAUGACAACGAUGUGCGGGCUUUCGUUGUAAUUCAACCGUGGUUAACUUCGAGAACGAUUGACACAUGUUUGGCGUCUAUACUGGUAUAUUAUGAUCAAAACUGGAUGAAAUCUGGAUUCAAUCAUUUUCCAAGGAUUGUGUACAUGAAGGAUGAAGUUAGGAUGGCUUUGCUGGACUUGGGCAUUCAACUUACAAAAGAAAUUCAAAUAGGUUAUACUGAUUGUGUUUUGAGAGUAUGUCCAGCCUCUAACUUGAAUUUAUUAAAGACAAUGUGCAGAUACGGAUUCAAAGUAGCAGUUAAUAUACCAGACGGAGUUUUGAUAAAAAAUCAACUUGAAAAGGAUUGCAUUGUUGUUAAACAAUUUGAUCAAUUAAGAAAGCCUAGAAGCGAUGAAGACGUGAGAGAAAUGAUAAAUCGCGUUUACAAUAAAGAGAAAUGUGAUCGAAUAUUUGAGAGUAGUCCCCUAAGGACUGUUUCAUUUCUACCACGUUUUUAUAAAAUUGAUAAUGAGAACGUUUUAUUCAUUAGAAAUGCCACAAAAGAAGAUGCAUUUGCCAUGUAUAAUUUGUUGUUGCAAGCAUCCAAGGAUGGCCGUGGUUAUGGAACUAACGAGUUUCCAACGUUUCAUGCAUUCAAAAUAUGGAUGUUGAAUUAUUAUUCCAUUAUAUACGAUCACGUGGACUGCCAACAAGCUCCAAUUCAGUCAGAUCUAUUGAAAAAAUGUACUUUUGAAAUGGUUGGAUGCAGUUUUAUAACUGAAAGCUGCCACUUGAGAACGUCAGCCCGUCAAGCCGCAGAGUCCAGCGUGGUCGUCAGCAGUAAGUUCAGAGGGAGAGGUCUCGGGAAGAGAAUAUUGCACAUCGAAAUGGGCCUGAUGAAAGAAUUAAAUUACAAAAUUAUGAUCAACGACAUUUUAACGAGCAACUCACAAAUGAAGGCCACCCUCUCGGGGAUCUUAAGAGAGGAUGAUUACGUUCACUUGGGAAGUCUGCAGAAUGUUUCAUACACUCAGGGUUGUGGCUGGGAUAGCCAGGAAAUAAGAUAUUACGAUCUCCAGAAACCAAGCGUAAAGUCAUUUACAAAUCUUCUAAAUGAAAACCGUCAGCAGUUUAAUCUUUCCUCCAAGUUGUAA